AGCCAGCUGAAGCACCAUUGCUCUAUGACGUAGGAGAAGCUGUCUGAGUCACCUGUUAUUGUUGACAUCACAAGCAGUUCAUUUUGCUUCCAGAUCCUUGGAGCCCAGUCUUCAGAAAAAAAUGAAUGCUUGGCACUGUUCUUUUAUCUCAUUUCCACCUCUUAAACCACCAUCAUUAGGAUUCACUAUUUUAUUUAGGAAAGCAGUUUCCCCCUGUUUUCUUGACAUAAUUUGCGGCAGUAUAUUGUUCAGAGCAAAGGCCAGAACGUUCUAUACCUUAUGCAUUUGCUAGUUAAAAUCUGGGGCUUGGGGGUAGAAUUUGUGGAAUUUUGCGUUCUGUUGCUUGGCAACUUUAAGAGAGUUAAGCCUAUACAUUCUGUGAGCAUCAGAGUUACAAAGUUUGGUGAGCCCAGUCAAUUAUUUCUUGAUACUAAAAAGAAAUUAGUUCUCCAUUAUGUAGAGGGCUUGAAAAGUUGUCAUUCAGAGCAGGGCAUCCGUAGCGAUGUCACACUUCUUCUACUUGACUCCACAAAUUAUUCUGCCCUUCGAUCCUCUCACCUCUCAAGAGUUCGAUCUGAUCAGACGCAAGGCUGGCAUAUCUUGGCAGAAUGAAGCAAGGUGGUCACAUUCCUCUGUGACGACAUAUGCAGGCAGUUACUGGAAAAAACAACUGGAUGAGUCCACACGCAGCCGAUUUUCUCUUAAAGCAGGACAGCAUUGGCCUGAGUGUAACCAGGUGUCAUCACCUCAUGGCUCUGCCUUCAGUCCCAGACUCUGCAGGGCUGGUUCCCCAGAGUCUACAGAUGCUAAGGGUAUGAGAAUUAAAAAGCCAGCAUCUAAGAAUCUGAUGAGCUACAAUCGACUAAAGAAAGACUUUCUGAAGCAUGUUAACGGAGGUGUUAGAAAAUGCAGGAACAAUCCCCACUCCUGCUCAAGAAUGAGGUCUUGGCAACUUCACUCCCAGUUCCGUGCAGAAAGUAACCUCAGUGGAAGGGCAAGGGCUAACAACCAGGCCAUUUUUCUCCAGCUUCAGGAACCGUGUAAUUCCGCCAGCAAGGUUGGCUCGUCUGAAGACUCAGAAAGUGAUCAGUACUCCGUUUAUAGCCUGGGAGGACCGUUCUCGUCACUGAGCUGAGUCGGAAAACCCAGUCCCAGAGCUGGAGGCCUGCAGCUUCGUUUAGUUAAAGACUUUGAGAUCCAGCGAUCAAGAAAGAAAUUAUUAAUAGAUCUGCUACCUCAUAAAGAAGAGGUCUUGGUUGAUGACUUGAGUCCAUUCAGAGCUUGGACAGGGGAAGAUUGUGCACCUUAGUCCCCACAGUCACCGCACUUUAUUUACCCCAGGCGCUGCUUUUUGGAUACCUGCUUUGUUACUUAACGGUAGUUAUUUGCAAAAUAAACCUCAUUUUGUGUAGGA